AUGUCACUCAAAGCCAUCUUGACCUGGAUGAGACUGCCCAGCGCAGACAGAGCCGUCUCCAAUGUCUGGAUCAAUGACGACAUUCGUCCGCUGGAGCCAGGGCGGCGAACAUGGAAUACCAUGACAUUUAUAUCUUUCUGGCUAGUUAACCAGGUCGCCAUAUCCAAUUGGCAGCUGGGCGCGUCCCUUGUCGCCACCGGUCUCAGUGUCUGGCAAGUCGUUAUAGCUACAUUGAUCGGCAAAGUCAUCAUCAGCCUGGUGGCUAUCUUCAACGGUUACACCGGCGCUGAAUGGCAUAUUGGGUUUCCUGUUGUUUCAAGAUAUAUCUGGGGUCCGUACGGAUCUUUCAUCGCCAUCGUCCAGAGAAUCAUCCUCAGCCUGGUCUGGUUCUCUGUCCAGUCGUGGACAGGCGGUCUCUGCAUCUCUGUCAUCUUAUCUGCCUUGUUCCCCAGCUUCCAGAGACUUGGAAAUGUAUUCCCUGCAUCCUCCCAUCUCGAUACGAAGCAAUUCGUUGGCUGGAUUCUCUUCAAUGUCUCCAUGAUUCCAGUUCUGUGGAUCCAUCCCCACAAAAUCAAGAGAGUUCUCCUCAUUUUCAACAUCAUUGCGUCGGUCACGCUCAUCUCUAUCAUGAUUUGGUCCCUGGUCGAAGCCAAAGGCGGUGGUCCUCUGCUUUCUGAGAGUGCAACAAAGAUGAGCUCUCAUGACCUGGGUUGGGCUAUCACGUCAGGUGUAACGACUGUUAUUGGCGGCAUAGCAGUUGGACUUACUAAUGCUAAUGAUUAUACCCGGUUUGCCCAAAAGCCUGGCGACCAAGUGUUUGGGCAGUGGUUCUCCAUCAUCUUUUUCGGUACCCUCUUUCCACUAUUUGGCUGUCUCGCAGCAUCGGCCACUCAAGGUAUAUGGGGUGAAGCCAUAUGGAAUCCUCCCUUAAUCUGCCAACAGUGGCUCGAUAGAGACUACUCAUCUGGAUCAAGAGCCGCUGCAUUCUUUGCGGGCUUAGGCCUUGUCAUGUGCCAGAUUGCGAUCAACGUGGUUGACAACGCGUACAGUGCUGGUAUGGAUCUCGCCGGCCUCGUCAGCUCCUAUAUCAACAUCAGACGUGGUGCUUUUAUUGCACUAGUAUUUAGCGUUGCCAUGUGCCCGUGGGAACUUCUCUCUUCAGCCAGCGUCUUCAUCUCCGUUCUGUCUGCGUACAGUGUCUUUCUUGGACCGAUUAUUGGCAUUCAAGUCUGUGAUUAUUGGCUGAUCCGUUCCCGUCGCAUCAAAUUGUCUGACCUCUACAAUCCUGGUCCCGAUAGCAUCUAUUGGUUCAGUUGUGGCUUCAACCCUAGAAGCUUUAUUGCAUGGUUCCUUGGCUUUGCUACUCAAUUACCUGGAUUUGCUGCCGCAGUGACCCCCGACAAAAUCAAGGUUGGCGAGGCCUGGCAUGAACUGUUUUAUCUUGCAUUCCCCCUCGGAUUUGCAAUCUCAUUUACUGUUCAUUACGCUAUCAAUCGUGUGUUUCCACCCACUGGCUUAGGGCUCGUUGACGACAUGGAUUACUUCGGAUCCUUUACUGAGGCUGAAGCCCUCAAGUUGGGUAUGGGCAUAGGAUCGGAGGGAAGUGAGAAAGACGCUGUGAUUCAAGGCGUGUCUGUUCAAACCAAGAGUUAA